AGCUCCUGAAAACAAAAAUGAUUGAAGAGUCCAAGAGGAGCAUCUCUUCAAACUUCAAAUGUAGAUACCUUCGGAAAAUAUGGAAAUUGGACAUGCAGACAAGAUCUCUGAACUGGGAGCACCCAGCAUGUGGAUAGAGUGGGGGGACUUAGCAAGGAAGAACAACUCUUGUAAUUUAGGAUCUGGAUUUCCUAAUUUUCCUCUCCACCCUGAUUUGAGGGAAGAACUUGUCAGUGCCGCAGAAAAUCCUGUGACUUGUUGGUAUACACGAGCUCAAGGACAUCCAAAGUUUAUUGAAGAGAUUAUUGCAACAUAUUCUCCUUUAGUUGGUCGAGAAAUUCAACCAACAGAAGCAAUUGUAACUAUUGGAGCGUAUCAGGGAAUAUUCUGGUCAUUUGAAGCAUUUGUUCAAGCUGGGGAUGAGGUUAUUGUGUUUGAUCCUAUGUUUGAUGCAUACCGCUUGGACUGUGUCCUAGCAGGAGCAAAAUUCGUUCCUGUAGCACUUAAGUUGGAGUCAGGUUCAUGGGUACUAGAUGAGGAAUUAUUUGAAAACAGCUUUAAUUGUAACACAAAGAUGAUUGUUGUUAACACACCCCACAAUCCGACCGGCAAAGUUUUUACCAGGAAAGAGCUUGAAUUUAUUUCAAAAUUGAGUAAGGAGUACAAUUGUUUGAUACUUGCUGACGAGGUUUAUGAUCGAUAUGUAUUUGAUGGACACGAGCACCUUAGCAUUGCAUCCCUACCUGGAAUGUGGGAGAGAACGAUAACCCUGUGCAGUGCCGGUAAAAUGUUUGGAGUUACUGGUUGGCGGGUCGGUUGGGCAUUUGGUGGUGCAAAUCUGAUCGAGAAGCUUUUUAGGAUCUGUAAAUGUGACACAUUUGGAGCUAGCACUAUCCUACAAGAAGCUUUAGCUGGCAUGUUGCAGAGGCAAAGACUUUGUAUCCCUCCGAAGGAAUCAUAUUUUCAAUGGGCAAGGAACAUUUUCGUUGAAAAUUAUACCAAACUUCAAAAAGCUUUUACUAAUGCCAAUAUGCCUGUUAUACCAGCGGAUGGUGGGUUUUUCAUGAUUGUGGACUGCACAAAAAGAAGGUUCAAGUUCCAAGAUUCGCCUGAAUUUCAGUCAUCUGUAGAAACCUUUGAUAUUAAAAUUGCUAAAGGUAUUGUUAAUAAAUACAAAUUAUCAGUUUUACCCUUGAGCCUUUUUUAUGGCUCGGAUUCUAAGAGUAAGUUAACCUCGUAUCUACGAGUGUGCUUUGCAAAAUCCCCUGAAUCAGUGGACAAAGCUGUAGAAAUCAUUGAAUCUUUCGAAUAAUAUUUCACUGAAGAUAUCUACUUUCCAUGAACAUACUUGACAAUAAUGGCGUACAAAUAAAAAGAAUAUCAGCCUUAGAGAAUUAGCCAUCGGUUUUUUGUUUUUCUUAAAAAUUUUGUUUCUCUUAUAAUAUAUAAAUAAUGUUUAUUCAUAAUUUUCAAUCGAUAAAUAUAAUCAUUUUCAGCUUUAAGUAAUUUUAUGAUUAGAAAUGUUGACAUUGUAAUUUGUAAUAUAUUUUAUACUACUUGUUUAGGUU